GAGAGUGGCAAGAAAAGGGAGGGUAAAUCCGAAUUCAGUUACAGUACAUAUUGCGUGCAAAACGGAUCGAAAAGGCUGUGUGUACCAGUAAAUAUUGCUUGGCGGAUGAGAAUUGAGAGAAGAGGUGACAGUAAAACGCGGAGAGUACAGGAGAGAAUAACGAUGGAUGUACUUAAUUACUUGAAUGCAAAAAGAAGAUAAAGAUAGGAUAGGAGUAGGACAUAAAAAAAAAAAAAUUAUAUAUAUAUAUAUAUAUAUAGCUUGAAGCUUCCGAUGAAUAAGAUUGAGCUUGUUUCUUUCUUUCUUUAUUUCACCUUCCAACAAUAUAUCGAUCCCAAUACGUACACAUACUACAGGUGGCUAUUAAUGCCCUUUCGCUAAUCCAUAUACUUUUCUUCAUUUCCUUUUCCCUUUUUAAAACAUAAACAUUCAAUUCCUUCCUUGCAGGUGGGAGUGGGACUGACCUGCUUCUCUCUCUUCUCUUCUUUCUCUCCCUAUUUAGUCGUCACGUGUUGGUUGGAUCCCAUCCACCUCCUUCAUUAACUCCCUACAUCUUCCUUGCUUUUCCUUAAUUUCAAUUCAGACAUAAACUCGAUCUUUUCUUCUUCUUCUUCUACUGCUACUACUACUUAUAAUCGCUUUUAGUGCUUCACAUGUUUCUUCUCAGUAUCAAACCCUCCUUUUCUUUUCCUACAAUUUACUUACUUCUACUAAAAACUCAUCUUUUCUUACUCUCCAAAUUAAGUGUUGAAAUAUAUACUCUGAGGAAGUUGAGGUAGGCAUGGGAACAAGAGAAAUCAAGUCACCUGAAGGUGGGCAGGAGACACCAGGAACAGCUAGUCUGGGUGGAGUUUCUGCAGACUCAAUCCGGAGAAAGAAACUGGGGAUCUACUUCAUUGAAUCCGAUGAUAGGCGAACAGCUUUUGGUCGGGGUUACACCGGAGGAACCACUCCAGUUAAUGUUCACGGCAAACCUAUUACUGAUCUUUCAAAGACCGGUGGUUGGACUGCUGCCUUCUUCAUAUUUGGAAAUGAAAUGGCAGAGAGAAUGGCUUACUUUGGGCUGUCUGUUAAUAUGGUGGCCUUCAUGUUUUAUGUUAUGCACAGACCCUUUACCAGUUCAUCAAAUGCGGUUAACAAUUUCUUAGGAAUAUCACAAGCUUCCUCUGUUCUUGGUGGUUUUCUGGCUGACGCGUAUCUGGGUCGAUAUUGGACUAUAGCAAUCUUCACAACAAUCUAUCUUGCGGGUCUGACAGGAAUAACUUUAUUUGCUACCAUGGAUAUUUUUUUACCAAACCAAGAUCAAUGCAGCCAGAUAUCCUUGCUUUUGGGUAAUUGUGAGCCUGCAAAACCAUGGCAGAUGCUUUGCCUCUACACUUUUCUUUACAUAACUGGAUUUGGAGCUGCUGGUAUAAGGCCCUGUGUUUCUUCUUUUGGGGCUGAUCAGUUUGAUGAAAGAAGCAAAGAUUACAAGUCUCACCUCGAUAGGUUUUUCAAUUUCUUUUAUCUUUCAGUCACCAUCGGGGCUAUUAUCGCCUUCACUGCGGUGGUCUAUAUUCAGAUAGAACAUGGAUGGGGAUCUGCCUUUGGCUCACUGGCAAUAGCUAUGGGCAUAUCAAACAUGGUAUUCUUCCUUGGAACUCCUAUUUACAGGCAUAGGUUGCCAGGAGGCAGCCCUUUGACUCGGGUUGCCCAAGUUCUGGUUGCUGCCUUCAGGAAGCGAAAUGCCUCUUUUUCUAGCAGUGAGUUAGUAGGCUUGUUUGAGGUUCCUGGCAAACAAUCUGCUAUAAAGGGCAGUGGAAAGAUUGCUCAUACUGAAGAUUUCAGAUGUUUGGACAAAGCAGCACUGCAGCUAAAGGAAGAUGGUGCUAAUCCAAGUCCUUGGAGGCUUUGCACUGUAACUCAAGUAGAGGAAGUGAAGAUCCUUCUGAAACUCAUUCCAAUACCAGCUUGCACAAUAAUGCUCAGUAUGAUCUUAACAGAGUUUCUGACUCUCUCAGUGCAGCAGGCAUAUACAAUGAAUACCCAUAUGGGUCAUCUGAAACUUCCUGUGACAUGCAUGCCAGUGUUUCCUGGCCUCAGCAUAUUUCUCAUACUUUCCAUCUAUUACUCAGCAUUUGUUCCACUUUCCAGACGCAUCACCGGUCAUCCUCAUGGUGCUUCUCAGCUUCAGAGGGUAGGAAUUGGUCUGGCAAUCUCAAUUCUAUCGGUGGCAUGGGCUGGAGUUUUUGAAAGGUACCGGAGAAAUUACGCAAUAAAGCAUGGAUAUGAAACUAUUUUCUUAACUCCAAUGCCAAAUCUAAGUGCAUACUGGCUGCUGAUCCAAUAUUGCCUCAUUGGAAUUGCUGAGGUAUUUUGCAUAGUAGGAUUGUUAGAAUUCUUGUAUGAAGAAGCCCCAGAUGCCAUGAAAAGUAUAGGAUCUGCAUAUGCUGCUCUAGCAGGUGGUUUGGGUUGCUUCGCAGCCAGCAUAUUGAAUAGCAUUGUUAAGUCUAUCACGGGGAACCCAGAAAGAGGCCAGCCUUCUUGGCUUUCCCAGAACAUUAAUACAGGUAGAUUUGAUAAUUUAUACUGGCUGCUUACAGUCAUGAGCAUAAUCAAUUUCUGCAUUUUUCUAUAUUCGGCACAUACUUACCAGUACAGGGCAGAGCAGAAGUUUAAGAUGGAAGAGCAGGUUGAAACCAACAAAAACAACAAUCCAUCUGCAGUUAGCUAGUUAGGAAAUGGAUAUUGUAUUAGUAGGAUAAGUGCCAUUUCCCAUGCACAAUUCCCUUACAGAACUUACUUCUUGAAAGAAAAGAAACUGUAGCAUCUCAUGUACUGUAUGUAGCCAAUCAUUAUGCAAAUGGUGUUUUGACUGGUCA